CGAGCGCGGCGCGAUGACGUCGUAACCUCGCGCCUCGGUGGCGGCCCGUGCGCGGGGCCGCGCGGGAGAGCCCGGGAUGCGGCGCUGAGCCGCCAUGGCCGCGCACCUGCUCCGCCGCUGCUGCCGGCGGCUGCUGCCGCUGCCCGCCCUGCCCGCGGCCCCGCCGGGGCCCGCCCUGCGCACCGGGCCGGCCCGCAGCGCCGAGGGGCCGCGCCCGCGGCAGCGCGACAGCGACAGCAACAGGGACAGUGACGGCCACGGCCACGGCGCCCCCGAGCAGCAGCAGCAGCAGCAGCUGCGGGCGCUGAUCCGCGCCGCGGGCAGCCCGCAGGAGCUGCUGCAGGUGAGCCGGGGCCCGGCGCUCAGCAGCAACCUGGCGGCGCUGGCCAUCGCCCGGCUGGCCCGGCUGGCCCACGAGCAGCACCUGGACAGCGCCGGCAUCCGCGGGGACCCGCGCUUCCUGCAGCUGCUGCGCGCCGUGGACGCGCAGAUCUCGCAGGUGUGGCACUCGGCGCUGCUGGCGCUGCUGCGGGCGCUGCCGGCGCUGGGGCUGCCGCGGGACGCGCCGCAGCUGCGCUCGGUGGAGCAGGAGGUGCUGUGGCGGCUGCGGCGCCUGCCCCUGCGGCAGCUGGUGCAGCUGGCCGAGCAGCUGGCGGGGCAGGGGCAGCCCCAGGGCCCCCUGCUGCCCGAGGUGCUGCGCAAGCUGGAGCUGCGCUGGACCGAGCUGGACGGCACACACACCGUGGUGACGCUCAUGGCCAAGGUGGGACACCUGUCCCCCACCCUGAUGGAGCGCCUGGAGGACAAGGCUCUGGAGCUGGCAGAGCAGUUUGCCCCCGAGCAGCUGCGCCGUGUGGCGCUGGCUCUGGCGCUGCAGCAGCGCCGCUGUGUGCCCCUGCUGCGGGCCCUGAGCUACCACCUGCUGCAGAAACCUGCCCAGCUGCCCCUGCCCGUCAGCACCGACCUGCUCUUCGCCUUCAGUAAGCUGAACUUCCAGCAGCCGCAGGUGCUGCAGCGCCUGGCGCAGGAGCUGCAGCCCCAGCUGGGCAGCCUGAGCCCGGCCCAGCUCUCGCGCUGCGCCCGCUCCUUCGCCAGCCUGCGCUGGCUCAGCCCGCCCCUGGCCGAGGGCCUGGCCCAGUACUGCCUGGAGAACGCUCAGGGCCUGUCCCUGGCCCAGCUCUGCGGGGUCCUGGUCGCCUUCGCCCGCCUCAACUUCCAGCCCAGCUGCAGCCAGGAGUUCUUCUCCAUGGUGCAGGAGCGGCUGCAGGGGCAGGAGCUGGACAUGCACCUGCUGACAGACGUGGUGUGGUCCCUGUGCGUGCUGCAGCAGCCCCAGCAGCCUCACCUGAGCCAGGUGCUGGCCCCGGAGUUCCACCGGCGCCUGCGGGGUGACCCGUCCCCGCGCGCGCACAGCUCGUGGCUGAAGCUGCUGCACAUCAAUGCCACGGCCAGGCUGGAGGCCCCGGGCUACCAGGGCCCCUUCCUGCCCCCCGAGGCGCUGGGGGGGCCCAGGGCCAGGGCCAGGGACCGGGCCAGGGCCACCCCCCUGCAGCGGGGGCUGCGGGAGGCGCUGCCGGGGGCGCUGGGGGGCCCCGAGCUGCUGCGCUGGGACGUGAGCACGGUGUACGGCUGGGACAUCGACGCCGAGGUGCUGCUGGACAGUGACAACAGAGCUCUGCCCCCCGGGGACUACAGCGCCCCACACCUGCCCCACGGCCAGGGGACAAAGGCACUGCCCGCCGGGGCCAGGAGGCUGGCCGUGCUGCGCUGGGAGCUGCCGCACUUCAGCUCUCGGGGCCGGGAGCUGCUGGGCCGGGGCUCCAUGGCCCGGAGGCACCUGCGGGCGGCGGGGUUCCUGCUGGCCGAGGUGCCCCACUACGAGUUCCUGGAGCUGAAGCUGGAGCGGCAGCGCGUGGCCUACCUGAAGGACAAGGUGGCCAAGGCCCUGGCCAGUGACACUGCGGGGGACACCGCGGGGGACGCGGCCACCUGACCCCCCCGCGGCCACCACGCCUCGGACAGGUGCCACAGCCCUGUGCCAGUGGCAGCAGGUCACCCUGCCAGGGUGGCCCAGGGCUGGGCACAGGUGGCCACGUCACCACGGCGAGGGGUCACAGCAGGUGGCCCUGCCCGGGUGGCCCUGCCCGGGUGGCCCUGUCCCCGUGUCCCCACGUGCUGCUCCGUGUCACCCACGGCUCAAAUAAAGCCAGAACUGUACAGGG